AUGUUGAAGUGGAUUCAAGGUGGUAUUAGUGCAGUUACGGGUAUUGCAGAGCCAGAAUACGGUCCUGAGUAUAUUCAUACGUCAGCAGAAAGAGUUAAGGGGAAGCAGCCAUUCCAUGUGACGGAUCGGAAGGAUUUUGAGUGGCAGAACCCGGACCAUACUAGUGUUGAGACGGCUACAUUUUACUUUACGGAUCUUGAGAACGGGUAUGCUGGGUUUGCGCAGGUGAUUCACUCUAAUAUUGUUGGGUUGCAUACUACGGCGCAGUUUACUUUCAAGAUUUACCAUAAGGAGGAUGUUGACAAGCAGAUUUGGACGUCGGUGAAGCUUGAGAACUUUAGAAUCGAGGGUCCAAACUUCUAUGCAGACAACUUGUCGAUUGAGAUGAACGAGGAAGGGACUGAGGUUGAGUUCAAGUCUACCGUUGCUGAGAAUGUUGAUGUCCAGUUUAAGAUCAAGAGGUCUGUUUCUGGUGUCAAGGUGGGCGAGGACCCAUCGACUUAUUAUGGGGACGAUGUUACACAGCCUUGGGGUAGCAUGAGACACGUUUUCUGGCCUAGAAACUCGAUCACGGGUACUAUCUCGGCUAAGAACGAGCAACAGGAUGUUAGCAUCGAUUUGACACUUUCGGAGGAGCACAAGCAUUACUCGAUGUACGUUUUGGCUAUGCAAGGUAUGAAGCCUCACCAUGCGGCCAAGGCCUGGAAUUUCAUGAACUUCCAGUCCGAGACCCACUCUGCAGUGCUCAUGGAGUUCAUCACACCCAAGUCCUAUGGCACCACGAAGAUGAGUGUUGGGAUUGUGUGUGACAGCUCUAACGUUUUGGCUGUUACAGUGGAUAACGAUGCACAGCAUGUGGACCCACAGAUCGACUCUGUUGGGUGGCCUGUUCCCAAGGAGAUUGCAAUCUCCUUCAAGGGUGUGCCGGCUACUGCCACAGAUGAGACUGUGGAGACUGCAGAGCCUUUCCUUGCUGUUGUCAAGGGUAAACUAGACAACCUUGUAGAGAGAGUUGACGUCAUGGCUGAGAUUCCAAACUUUGUGAAGAACAUCGUUUCAGGUGUCGCAGGAACCAAGCCUUACAUCUACCAGUUCUUCGAGGACUUCACCUUGACCAUCAAGGAUGAGGAGAGCAAGGGUCUUGGCUGGUGCGAGGUCACGUUCAUUUCAGAAGCAAAUGACGUAGAGGUCCCAGAAGGCGAGGAAUAG